CUAUUCUUGACCAAUGUUCUUUCACUUUGGACAGCAGAAAUGAAACACUUUGGAGAGUCUGCGGCAGUUCCCCAAAAUAUGUGAUGCCGAGUGCCCACGAUGUUGAUCGCUCUUUGCUACUUUCCUACUGUAGGCUCGAAGAUGGUAGUCCUACUGUAGUGAGGGCAUCAUACACAGGUGAAUUUGGAAGGGCUUGUUGGCCUCGUUUCUCCGCUCCUAUGGCCUUUCGGUGCUCACCGUGCUCGCCCCCAAAUCGACAGCAGGGGCCGGGUCGAAGCAGGCGCGGUUGCCAGCCCUGAAACAUGCGAAGCUCCUCCUACCGACGGUCAGCUCCUCCUCGCUGAUGUCCCGGCUCCAUCCUUUUCUCAGGAUGUCCCGCUGAACCGCUCAUGUCUCCCUCAUGUUGUCGAAGCCAUGGAACGCUGCCAUUGCCAUGGACACCCGCCGAAGAGGAGCCGUACAAAACGCCGAAGCCACGAGGUUUGAAGUCUCGUCACCGAAAGGAAGAGGCUUCCUGCUGCGGCUUCCUUCCGCCGCUGCCCCCGGGCAAGUUUGGUGGAAGAUUCAGCGGAGGAGUAUGCCACGAGUUCGAGAAGAGAGGGCCUUUGGUGAUGAUUUGCUUGGGAAGCUGAGACGAGCAGUGGCUGAAGGAAAUCUUGGAGCGACUUUGCUCCAGGACAUCGGGCGCUCCACCAAGAAGCUUCAGCAAGUGCUGGCGAUGUUGCGUGAGCAAAAGCAAGCCAAUCUGGUGUAUGCUGCCUUGGAGGCCAUCAGAGAAGAUGGUGGCAUGCAACUCAAUCAGUCCAAUUACGCUUUCGGGAGUUCAACGUGCGCGAGGGCGAGCAGGUGGCAACAGGCACUGCAGUUGUUUGAGGCCAUGCCAACGGCGAAAAUUCAGCCCGACGUGAUCAGCUACAGCGUGGCCAUCAGUGCCUGUGAGAAGGGGCGGGCAAUGGCAGCGAGCAUUGAAGUUGUUUAAGGCCAUGCCUGAGGCAAAAGUCCAGCCCGACGUCAUUUGCUACAGUGCGGUCAUCAGUGCCUGUGAAAAGGGCGGGCAAUGGCAGCAGGCUUUGGAAUUGUUUGGGGGCAUGCGCAAGCAACAUGUCCCGCCUGACGUCAUCAUUUGUAAUGCGACCAUCAGUGCCUGCGAGAAGGGCGGGCAAUGGGAACAAGCAUUGAAGUUGUUUCAGGUCAUGCCCAAGGCGAAAGCUCAGCCGAAUAUUGUCAGCUAUAGUGCCACGAUCAGUUCCUGCGAAAAAGCCGGGCGAUGGCAAGCAGCACUGCAGUUGUUUGAGGCCAUGCCCAAGGCGAAAAUUCAGCCUGACAUCAUCAGCUACAGUGCAGCCAUUAGUUCCUGUGAGAAGGGCGGGCAAUGGCAACAAGCAUUGAAGCUUUUUGAUUCAAUGGUCAAGACACAAGACCAGCCUGAUGUCAUCAUUUACAGUGCCUCCAUCAGUGCCUGUGAGAAGAGCGGGAAAUGGCAACAAGCCUUGAAGUUGUUUGAGGACAUGCCACGUGCGAAAGUUCAGCCAGACGCCAUCAGCUACAGUGCUGUGAUAAGCUCCUGUGAAAAGGCGGGGCAGUGGCAGCAAGCAUUGUAUUUUUUGGAUGCCAUGCCCACCGCAAAAGUUCAGCCCGACGUUUUCGGUUACAGUGCGGCAAUAAGCUCCUGCGAAAAGGCCGGGCAAUGGCAGCAAGCAUUGAAAUUGCUGGAGGCUAUGCCAAAGGCAAAAGUUCAGCUCGACGUUAUCAGCUACAGUGCGGCUAUCAGUGCCUGCGAGAAGGCCGCACAGUGGCAGCAAGCAUUGAAGUGUCUUGAGGCCAUGCCCAAGGUGAAUGUUCAGCCCAAUGUCAUAAGCUACAAUGCGGCCAUCAGUGCUUGUGAGAAGGGCGAGCAAUGGCAGCAAGCAUUGAAGUUGCUGGAGGCCAUGCCCACAGCGGAAGUUCAGCC